AUGUCGGAUUGCAAAGGUAAGGAGCAACGUUCGUGUUCCUCGUUUGAAGGAACACUUUUUGUUGGAUUAUUUUUCUUCGAUUCUCUCUUCGUUCAGGAUAGUAGGUCUAUUUCUUUUCACCGACAACAUUGUCGUCAAUCUUAAAUUACACCACGGUUGAGAUUAAAGUUUAAUGGAUGCAUCAUCACAUUUCCUACGAACGCCAUGGUACACAUUACAUAAAGCGUUUAAAAUCAUCGAAUAUCAUUUUGAACCUUGUAAAGUAAAACUGUCGGCUGCCAAUUCUAACUGCUGUUGGGAUGGUGUAUCAAGGAAAGGAAUCGUGGCCGGAGCUAGUCGGAGCUGAGGGCAGCGCCGCCGCAGUGAUAAUCGAGAAGGAGAACCCUCAUGUUGACGCCGUUAUCGUCCAUAAGGACCUAGGGACGGACAUGCAGUACCGUUGCGACCGUGUCAGGGUGCGAGUGGACAAUUAUGGUAUCGUGGCCGAAACACCGAUUAUCGGCUAG